GGUGCCGGCCGUAGCGCCUGCGUAGUGGGUGUGAAGCCGGCGGUCGGAGAUGGCGCACGGACAUCACCUCGCGCUGUGCCGCAGCCCCGUCACCUUCGAGAAGGUGUCCGCCCUCAACAGCGUCUUCUUCGAUGAGACCAACAAACAGGUGUUUGCUGUUCGCUCCGGGGGUGCAACAGGUGUGGUGGCCAAAGGUCUGGAUGACAAGGCCUCCAUCUCUUUCAGAAUGGAAGACAAAGGAGAAGUGAAAUGCAUCAAAUUUUCAUUUGGGAACAAGAUUUUAGCCGUGCAGCGAACACCAAAGGCCGUGGAUUUUAUCAACUUCAUUCCUGAUCUGCCUCAAACAGAAUACUCACAAGAAUGCAAGACCAAAAAUGCCAACAUGCUGGGCUUCUGUUGGACUAGUACGAGUGAAAUAGUGUUUAUCACUGACCAAGGAAUUGAACUUUAUCAGGUACUCCCUGACAAACGUGCUUUAAAACAACUCAAGACACACAGCAUCAAUGUCAACUGGUACAUGUACUGUCCCGAGACGGCAGUGCUCCUCCUGUCCACCACCGUGCAGGGUAAUGUCUUACAGCCCUUUACAUUCAGGAGCGGAACAAUGACAAAAAUGCCAAAGUUUGAAAUCGAAUUGCCCACCAGUCCCAAGUCUGGAAACCCCAUUCUCUCUGACAGAGAUAUAAUUAUGGCCAUCGUGUAUGGCCAACUGUACGUCCUCUACUUGAAACAUCAGCCAAGGGCUCCCAACAACCCUGGAGCAGAAGUCAUCUUGUAUUAUUUACCCAAAGAAGGACAGUGUAAGAAAAUGCAUAUAUUGAAACUAAACACCAUCGGAAAAUUUGCGUUGAAUGUGGUUGAUAACUUAGUGGUGGUGCAUCAUCAGAGUUCUCAGACCUCCAUGAUAUUCGAUAUCAAACUGCGAGCAGAAUUUGAUGGUGCGGUCACGAUUCAUCAGCAAGUCCUGUUACCUCUGUCCAUUCAACCCUGUAAGAUCCCCCGAGCAGGUCCGGCAGCUGUGACAACUCAAAGCCCCAUUCCGUGUGAACUUUAUUCUUCAUCCUGGAGUGUGUUUCAGCCUGAUAUUAUAAUUAAUGCGAGCGAAGGUUACUUGUGGUGCCUCCAGAUAACGCUGCAGCCGAUAGUCCACAUGCUUCAUGACCGGGGACGGUUGAUGGACUUCUUACUGCAGAGGAAGGACUGCAAAAUGGUCAUCUUGUCUGUGUGCUCCGACAUGCUGGGUGCAACAGAACGGGCGAGUCUGCCCGUCAUUGCCACCGUGUUUGAUAAACUUAAUCAAGUCUACAAGGAAUACCUGGAAGCUGACCAGAACUAUAUCUUGGCCAUGGAGUCGGGAGCAAGCCGUGGCAGUUCAACACAGAAGAGGCCGGUGCGUACACAGGCUGUCAUAGACCAGUCAGAUAUGUACACGCAUGUCCUGUCUGUGUUCACUGAGAAAAAGCAGGAUCUCCCACACAAGUUUAUCAGUGCCGUUCUGAUGGAAUACAUCCGCUCUCUCAAUCAGUUCCAGAUCACAGUCCAGCAUUACCUGUAUGAGUUGGUCAUCAAAACCCUUGUCCAGCACAGCAUGUUCUACAUGCUGCACCAAUUCCUCCAGUAUCAUGUACUCAGUGACUCCAAACCACUGGCCUGCCUGCUGCUGUCACUGGAGAGUACCUAUCCACCCGCUCAUCAGUUGUCUCUGGACAUGCUGAAGCGGCUGUCUACAGCCAAUGACGAGAUCGUGGAAGUGUUGCUGUCCAAGCACCAGGUCCUGGGGGCUCUCCGCUUCAUCCGCAGCGUCGGUAGCCAUGACAACAUCUCCGCCCGCAAGUUCUUGGAUGCGGCGAAGCAGACGGGAGACACGCUGCUCUUCUACACUACCUUCCGCUUCUUUGAGCAGAGGAAUCAAAGGCUACGAGGAAGCUCACACUUCACCCCAGGAGAGCACUGUGAAGAACACGUCGUCCACUUUAAAAGUCUUUUUGGAGAAGAAGCACUUUUGACAGCACUGGCUGUGUGAACUUGGGACCAGGCAAUGAACUUGUGAAUGUUUGACUUUAUUAAAUAAAAAGACCAUAAAAAUUAGCUAUA